GAAAACCGUUUUCCAAAAAACCCUACACAGGUAACACAGCAGAGAUACACCUCCUCUCCUUUUCUGCGUCUCCUUCUCCUCUGAACUUGCUUUGGAGAUCUAACAGCAAUGGCGUCCAUCACUACAAAUCUUAAAAACCCAUUACCUUUACCAUCUUCCUUCAAUUCUUCGAAACCCCUUUUCUCCAAAUCCAAUCUUCUUUCAAUCCCAACAAAAUUCAUUUCUUCUCGUCCUCUACAUAUCACAAACUCAUCAUCUAGAAACCAAUCCAACAAACCCAAAGCUAUAACCACUGAAACACCCAUUUCCACCACCCACACCACCUCCGUAUCUCCUCCUCCAUUUGUAUCUAGAUACAAAGAUGAUGAACCAAGAAAAGGGGCUGAUGUUCUCGUUGAAGCAUUAGAACGCGAAGGAGUAACAAAUGUUUUUGCAUAUCCAGGUGGUGCAUCAAUGGAGAUACAUCAAGCUUUAACUAGAUCUUCAAGUAUUAGAAAUGUUCUACCUAGACACGAACAAGGUGGGAUUUUUUCUGCUGAAGGUUAUGCUCGUGCUUCUGGUUUACCUGGUGUCUGCAUUGCUACUUCUGGCCCUGGUGCUACUAAUCUUGUUAGCGGUCUUGCCGAUGCAUUACUCGACAGCAUCCCAAUUGUUGCUGUAACUGGUCAAGUACCUAGGAGGAUGAUUGGUACUGAUGCAUUUCAAGAAACUCCUAUUGUUGAGGUAACAAGAUCGAUUACUAAACAUAAUUACCUCGUCCUUGAUGUUGAUGAUAUUCCUCGUGUUGUCAAAGAAGCAUUUUUUCUAGCUACAUCAGGCCGACCAGGUCCAGUACUUAUUGAUAUCCCUAAAGAUGUACAACAACAGCUUGUAGUGCCUAAAUGGGAUACCCCUAUGAAAUUACCUGGGUAUAUGUCUCGAGCACCAAAAUCACCUGAACAUAACCUAUUAGAACAGGUUGUUAGGUUAAUUUCUGAAUCCAAGAAACCCGUUUUAUAUGUUGGUGGUGGGUGUAUAAAUUAUAGUGAAGAAUUGAGACGGUUUGUUGAGUUGACUGGAAUUCCUGUUGCUAGUACAUUGAUGGGUUUGGGUGCUCAUUCCUGUACUGAUGUACUUUCUUUACAAAUGCUUGGAAUGCAUGGAACCGUAUAUGCUAAUUAUGCGGUUGAUAAAGCCGAUUUGUUGCUUGCCUUUGGUGUUAGAUUUGAUGAUCGUGUGACAGGAAAGAUUGAAGCGUUCGCUAGCAGGUCGAAAAUUGUUCACAUUGAUAUUGAUCCAGCUGAGAUUGGAAAGAACAAACAACCUCAUGUUUCUAUCUGUGCGGAUAUGGGAGUGGCAUUGAAGGGGUUGAAUAAGUUGUUAGAAGAAAAGAUGUCCAAACUUAAACUUGAUUUCGUGUCUUGGAGAGAGGAGCUUAUGGAACAGAAGAAGAAUUACCCAUUGAGUUUUAAGACUUUUGGAGAGGCAAUUCCUCCUCAGUAUGCGAUUAAGGUUUUGGACGAAUUAACAGAAGGGAAGGCUAUUAUUAGCACUGGUGUUGGGCAGCAUCAGAUGUGGGCUGCACAAUGGUACAAGUAUAGGGGACCUCGUCAAUGGUUAACUUCUGCUGGAUUAGGCGCUAUGGGUUUUGGGUUACCUGCUGCAAUUGGAGCUGCUGUUGCUAAACCUGAAGCUAUUGUUGUAGACAUUGAUGGCGAUGGAAGUUUUAUGAUGAAUGUUCAGGAAUUGGCAACAGUCAGGGUGGAGAAUUUACCAGUCAAAAUUCUUCUAUUGAAUAAUCAGCAUUUGGGUAUGGUUGUUCAGUGGGAGGAUCGGUUUUAUAAGGCAAACAGGGCUCACACAUAUCUUGGAAAUCCAGCAAAAGACUCUGAAAUCUUCCCAGAUAUGUUAAAAUUUGCUGAAGCAUGUGAUAUUCCGGCUGCUCGUGUUACAAAAGUGAGUGAACUGAGGGCGGCCAUUCAGAAGAUGUUGGAUACCCCUGGACCAUAUUUAUUGGAUGUCAUAGUGCCACAUCAAGAGCACGUGUUGCCUAUGAUUCCUGCUGGUGGUUCGUUUAAUGAGGUGAUCAUCGAAGGUGAUGGUAGAACGAAGUACUGAUUUUCCUGCGAUGAUUGUACUGAUACCUCUGUGCAUAUGUUGAAAUUCAGGCCUGAAGCUAAAGGUGUGGGCUUGUUUUUGGUUUAUUCAGUUAGCCUGUCAGCUUGUUAGGUCUUAGUUCUUUUUCAAUAGCAGCAUUAGAUUAGUUGUUUGUUGUUCUAUAUUAAGCAUGUCUCCCUAAAUUAUGUGUCAUCAAGCUUGUUCACUAUAUGCAACUCCUACUUGCCCUGCUGCUCAACUUUAAUGUCAAACUUUUUUAAUAAAAUAGAAGUUCCUUGUUAGUGAUUGUGUUCAUGAUUGGAUGUAUUUCUGGUCUUGCCUGUGGUAAUGGUCUCAGGAGAACGCGCUGGAUGCUUUUGAAGCUUGCUGAGCAUUUGUGCACUAUUGAAUAAUAAAAAAGAGCUUUCGUUCC